AUGGCUGCUGGUCGGAUGAUGAACUGCUUCAUAAUGUUGAUCAUUUUUGCAUCCCGGUGGACUUGGCACAAUGCAACCGACACAUUGAAACAAGGGGACACUCUCAAUUCCACAGGUUCCUUAGUUUCAUCAUCAGGGAAGUUCUCUUUGAAUUUUACUCUAAGAACGAUCCAUGGCUCAGAUUCCAACUUUCUUUCUAUCAUGCGCAUUAAACGUGAGGCAAACAGAGCAUGGAUUGCGAACCCAGACUUACCUAUUUCAUCCUCCUCUUCCCCACUUCUCACCUUGGACACCAACAAUACGUUGAAAAUUAUUCACCAAGGUGGCGAUCCUUUUGUCCUAUCCACCGCUCCACAAACUAAUGACACUAGUACUAGUGUUGUGGCUACCCUUUUGGAUUCGGGCAACUUCGUCCUGCAAGAAGUGAGCUCUGUCAACGGAUCAACGAUCCGGAAAUGGCCACAUUUGGUCUCUUUAUCACGUGGAUCUAGGGACAACCCGCUGUCCCCCGGGCCUUUCAUCCUUGAUUGGGAUCCCAAUGGACACCAAUUGAAAAUCAAGAAAGAUGGGGUGGUUUAUUGGACUAGCGGGGUCUUUUCUGAUGGGAGAUUUGAAUAUAUUUUGCCUGAUGUGUCCAAGAAGAGGUACAACUUUAGCAUUGUUUCAAAUCAAAAUGAAGACUACCUCACUUACACUAGUAAAAAUGAUCCAAGUGCUCCUGAGCCAGAAUGGGUUCUAUUCCCAGAUGGGUAUCUUUCUGACUAUGGGGCACACGUCGGUAAUUAUAUUACAGAAGUACGGUACUGUGAUGGCUAUAACAUUGUUGGAGGGUGUGUGAAAAGGGACCGCCCAAGUGACUGUAUUGAGUUAUUUGGUGAUGAAUUUGAGAUUAAAAAAGGUUACUUCAAGAUCAUCAACUCUACAAGUAUAAAUACUUCAAGACCCGCAAGCUGGAUUGGCACCGAUGAUAUUGACUGUAAGGCCAAUUGUUGGCAAGAUUGUGACUGCCUUGGAUUCGACUUAUCAUUUCUUAAUCAGACUAAGGAUGCACGAUGCCAAUUUUGGAGUGUGGACUGUGAGUUCAUUGAAGAGCUCACUGCCAAUACAAGUUUUGUUUUGCAGCCAAAAUCACCACAUUCCCCACCUCAGAAAAAGAUUGAUGCAACACCCGCCCGCAAGUGGUUCUGGAUUGGCACUUCUAUUGCUGCAGCUCUAGUGGUAAUGUUGUUUUGCAUCUUUUGCUAUCGACUAAGAAGGACAAAACUUAUACUUUCAGCAGCCAAGAUUAACGGGGCAAAGAUUCAGAACGAAUUACUUGACUUCAUGAAAUCUAAUAGACCUACUCAUCAUGUGAAUGGGCUUCAAAAUGAUGAUGGAAACAUAAGGCCUCAUGAUUUAAUCGUAUUUAGCUAUGUAUCUGUCUUGGCUGCCACGAGAAACUUCUCAGAAGAAAACAAACUCGGACAAGGGGGCUUUGGACCUGUCUUUAAGGGAAAAUUGGUUACGGGACGAGAAAUAGCUGUGAAGAGGCUUUCAAAGUGUUCUGCACAGGGAGCAUUGGAGUUUAAGAAUGAAUUGAUACUCAUAUAUGAACUUCAACACACAAACCUUGUUCAGCUUUUUGGAUUUUGCGUCCAUGGCGAAGAGAGGAUGUUGAUAUAUGAGUACAUGCCAAACAAAAGCUUGGACUACUUUUUAUUUGGUUGGCAAUCAAGACUACUUUACUCUUAG